GUGAGUAGGUCAUAUGACUGAGUAGCAGCACUUGGUUCGCAACGUCGUGGAGUGGAGGGUAGAAAUCGCUCGAAUUUGUAGAGAAAAGGAAUUGUAAAGAAAGUUUUACGUUAGAAGAAUGAGUGAGAGAGACAUCACAGCAUUGAAUCGCCAGCUAUGGAGCGCUGUGAGCAGCAAGUCACGUGAUGAGGUUGAAUGGCUUUUGGAUCUAGGAGUUGACGUGAAUGCGUGUGAUGAUGUAUAUGCAAGGACUGUACUGAUAAAAGCUUGUAGGAAUGGCUACAAGUCAUUAGUUGAGCUUUUGGCAGAUAUCAACAGAACUGGUAAAGGGAUCAGAGAAGAAACUCACAACAAAGCUACUGAUGCCGGCAAGUUGAUGGCUGUUAUUGAAGCAAAGAGGGAGCAAGUUGGAAAAGUGGAAACAGUAAAGGAGUCGUUGAGAGCGUGUCAUUGGAUAUACACACCGAUAGACAGAGAAGUGGAAGAUGAAUUAGAAAAGAAAGGGAAAGAAUGUUAGCUGUGACUAGGGCGGAUGUGAACAUUACUGCAGCAAAGUUGUUUCAUUUCCUACCACAGAAUGUACACCUCGGCUCUAUGUAGUCACUGUAUUAUAGUGGACACUUUAUAUUUGUCAACAGAG